UAUCGCAGAGAGAUGGUGAGAGUUUGAGAGGGAAAGUCCAGUUGUAAGCGAAGAGCAACAAAUAGAGAAUCAGAAAUGAAACAAGCUCCGCUCUUCCGAUUAAAUGCAGAAUUAUCAAACUGGAAUUUUAUUGAACCGGCUUGUUUAGAGAACAACUCAAAGUAAAUUUACUCGAACGCAAAAUAAGUCAACUCAAACAAAGAAAUGUGUUUUCUCUAUUGUUCUGUGAAUGUUGUCCGUGGUCGUCUGCUUUUGAUUAGAGAUUUUGCCAUUGAUUUCAGUCGACGCGGAGCAGUGGUUUAGUGCGAAUGGAGUGACGCUUCAACCAGAAGUCGUGACUAUUGAUAAGCAAUCUUUUUUGCUUCUUAGCUGGACGUUGCAUGUCAAGUGCACCGGUUUUUGUGUAUUUUGUGAGCAUUUAUAUUGCCUUCAUUUAGCGGUCAUGCAGCAACGUUGGACGCUUCUAUUUUUAGGCAUAUAUCAAAUCGUCCUGACGGCAAAUGCUAAGGGGCACUACACCAUAGUCGCACCCGGUACCAUACAUACCAAUAGCAAAUACAAUGUUGCCGUCGCUCUACAUCAAGCCACUGAACCGGCAACGCUGCGUAUCAGCAUAGUGGGACCACAAUAUAAUGAUACGAAAACGAUUUUGGUGUCACCAUAUGAAGUAGAGAAUGUAGCCUUCUCUGUACCCGUUCUACGUGAUGGCGAAUACAAUAUAAGCGCAGAGGGACUGAGUGGUGUGAUCUUCAAGAAUACGACCAAACUCAACCACAAUGUUUUCCAGACACAUGUCAAAAUACAAACUGAUAAAGGAAAGUAUAAACCCGGUGAUGUGGUCAGCUUUCGUGUACUUUUUAUGGAUGAAAAUUUGCGUCCAAGUGGUCCGUCUUCAAGUAGUGUUAUAUGGUUUGAGGAUGGCAAACGCAAUCGAAUUAAGGAGUACAAAAAUUUUACGGUAACAAAAGGUGUUUACACUGGGAAAUUUCAAAUAUCUGAGUAUCCAGUGUUCGGGACAUGGCGGUUGGCUCUGGAUAAUGGUGGUUGGCGUAAAACUAUUGUUAGUUUCGAUGUCGAAAAAUAUGUUUUGCCAAAAUAUCAAGUGAACGUUGAGGCCACUUCGAAAGUGUCGGUUAAAGAUGGUGACAUGCAAGUGAUUGUCAGAGCCAACUAUACCUACGGCAAGCCAGUUAACGGUCGCGUAACUUUGAUUCUUGGACUGAAAUCCUUUUACUACUACAACAAAUAUAAGGAUAAUACCACCCAAGCUGAACAAAUAAUAAAAACAACAGAUAUGAUUAAUGGUAAAGCAAAAUUCGAUAUCUCCGUGAAGCAAUACAAGGAUCGCUUUCUCAACUUCCGAAGUGCUCCGCUCGAUAUAACAGCGACGGUGGAAGAGAGUUUCACAGGUGUAAAGGUUAAUGGCACCGCACAUGCAACGCUCCAUAGAGACCGUUAUCUCAUUUUCUGUCUGACGCAUAAAGAUUGUAAUUGGUUUACUGCCGGCAAGGAAAUGGAACUGGCAUUUCAUGUACUAAGCUUUGAUGGCGCAAUGCUAAAAGAUCUGAAUACCCCGGUGCAACUGCGAUACACCGAAGCACUUACGAAGCAUCACUCUAAAGAUGACAACAAAACAGAGCCCAAAAUAGCACAGCAAGUGCUGGAGUAUGAUAGUGUGUUGGAUGAGAACAGCACGGCAACCUUUAAGGUAAACUUGCCUGCAUUGGAAGAGUACGACGGCUAUACGCAUUUCUAUAAAAUACAAGCACUAUACAAAGAUGAGUUGCACGAUGUGUUGAACGCAUAUCAGAAGCCCCCACCAGAAACCACACACGAUGUAAAGCCAGCUGAGCCUGAAAAACCAAAAACAUACUUCAAAGCGCAAGUGGAGUAUCCUAAAGGCCGUUUCACCUUUAACCUUAAUGAGAAGAUUAUUCUGAUUAUAAAUUCGAGUACGCCAUUGAGUUAUUUCGACUACAACAUAGUGGGACGUGGCAAUAUUUUGGUUACCGAACGCGUUUUCGUACCAAAUCAGUCCAACACUUACGAUUUGACCUUAACACCGAGCUUCAUGUGGAUGCCUUUCGCCCGUUUCUAUGCGUAUUAUAUCGAUGAGCGUGGCGACUUUCAAUAUGCCGAGACCAGUUUCCAAAUUAACACAGAAAUGCAAAAUGAGUUGGAAAUUACUGCACCCGCUGAGGUGAAACCUGGUGAGGACGUCACGCUACGCAUCAAAACAACGCCACACUCCUUUGUCGGUCUACUGGCUGUGGACCAGAGUGUACUCCUAUUGGGUCGCAACAACGAUAUCUCGAAGAAUGACUUCACCUGGCGUUUGAGUUCAUAUACAACUUACACGCCUUGGCAAGGUGGUUUCUCCCGCUAUCCAGGUGGUCAAAGCGGUGUGGUAAUACUGACUAGUGGCAAUUAUUUCUACAACUAUACAGCGCCACACACAGACACCGUUGACAACCGUUUCGACGAUCUUCAAGCUCUGCGUGGCCCUGAACUUCCUAAACCACUAUCCGCUAAGCCAGCCUCUGCGGCCGCUGCUGCUUCUGGCCCAGCAACACAAAGCCAAGUUGCGGUUCGUAGAGACUUUGCAGAGACUUGGAUUUUCGAUAACUUUGAGGACACACAAACGGAAGUGUUCAAUUGGACAAAGAGAAUCCCCGACACGAUCACUUCGUGGCUGAUCUCGGGAUUCGCAUUACACGCGGAGAAAGGACUUGGGGUUACAACACAAACAACUGACAUUGUUACAUUUCAGCCUUUCUUUAUAUCAGUAAGAUUGCCGUACUCAGUGAAAAGAGGUGAGGUCAUCAAUGUACCAGCUUUGGUUUUCAAUUAUCUUGACAAAGCGUUGGAUGUCGAAAUCACACUGGAUAAUACGGAUGGCGAGUAUGAGUUCACCGAAGUCUCAAACGAGAUUAUAAGCGAUACGAAACGCGUAAAAAUCGUGCAUAUACCGCCACAAUCUUCAGCAGGGGUAGCAUUUAUGUUACGACCUAAAACUAUCGGUAACGUUAUGUUGAAAUAUGCAGCAAUCUCACCACUUGCCGGCGAUGUAAUACACAAAACGCUGAAAGUUGUACCGGAGGGCGUGACAGAGUAUGCAAAUCGUGCUUUUUUUGUGAAUUUGCGAGAAACGUCUGAGUUCAAGCAGAGUUUCGAUUUGGUAUUGCCGGCAGGUGUUGUGCCGAACUCAGAGCAUAUUGAAGUAUCGGCAAUCGGUAAUAUAUUGGGACCACUUCUUAACAAUCUCGAGCAUUUAUUGCGUAUGCCAACUGGUUGUGCGGAACAAACGAUGUCGAAGCUGAUGCCAAAUUAUUUUGUAUUAAAGUAUUUGAAGAAAAUCAACAAAUUGACGCCGUCUUUGGAAUCGAAAAUAUUGCAAAACUUGGAUACAGGUUAUCAACAUAUACUCGGCUUUCGUUUGAAUGAUGGCUCGUUUGUCACAUUUCGCGAUGUGAAUCAACGUGAAAACGGUUCGGUCUGGCUCACCGCAUAUGUGGCGCGUUCGUUGCACAAACUGCAGGAAUUCAUAAAAGUAGACAAUGUGAUACUCGACAAGAGUUUACAGUAUCUUGCUAGGCGUCAAGCAGAAAACGGCAGCUUUGUGGACACCGACAAUGCAUUUUUCGGUAGAGAACGGCAACAGGGUGUACCGUUGACGGCGCUUGUCUUAUUGGCAUUUUCAGAAAAUCAGGCGCUGCACGAGAAAUUCCAAACCAACAUAGACAAAGCUACCAAGUAUAUAUUAGAGUACAGUGCGAAGUCCGACUGUGUACUUGCUAAAGCUCUAAGCGCCUACACACUUCAAUUAUCUGGGCAUCCAUCAGCUGCUAAGCAAUUCGAAAUACUAAAAUUAGCUGCGAAGUCAUCAGAAGACCGCAUGUGGUGGUCUACUGGGGAUCAGCAUUCAAGUUAUUGGUGGCGCUGGAUACCUAAUGGUGAUGUGGAGAUCACUUCCUAUGCACUCCUAACACUACUCGCUGAUAAGCUCGUUGAAGUCGAUGAACUUUUGCCAAUUGUGAAAUGGUUGGUGGCGCAACGCAACAGUUAUGGUGGUUUCAUUUCCACUCAGGAUACUGUGUUGGGACUGCAAGCUCUGAUUGAGUUCGCAGAGAAAGCGAAAUAUGAACCAGGCACAAUGGAUGUCGAAGUGUUGGCUAAAGGGGGCCUAACGCGAUCGGAGACUUUGAACAUUAACGAAGAAAAUGGACUGAUCUUACAAAGUGUCGAGCUUCCACAAAAAACUUUAUCAGUGGACUUCACGGCAAGAGGCAAAGGUGCGGCCAUAAUACAAAUCGCCUAUCAAUACAAUGUUCUUGAGGAUGACCCACAACCGAGUUUUGCAAUACAAACUAUCAUUAAAAAGGAUACGCCUAUACUCAAAAUGGAAAUGGAUGUAUGCGUAGAAUAUGCCGGCGAAGGCGAUGCAUCAAAUAUGGCCAUUUUGGAGAUUACACUACCCUCCGGUUAUGUGGCAGAUGUCGAUUCAUUUAAACAAAUUGUAGCCGUACCAAGUGUUAGGCAAGUUGAGUCGCAAAAAUCCGAUACUGUCUUCGUCAUCUACUUCGAAAGUCUACCAAAACAAGAAAUUCAGUGCUUGCCCAUAGAAGCCUUCCGUCAAUUUGCUGUCGCCCGACAAAAACCCGCUUCCAUUGUAAUCUACGAUUACUAUGAUACGCUUAAACGAGCUACGAUGUACUAUGAAGUUGCCUCGAAACUGUGCGAUAUUUGCGAAGACGACAAGGAAUGCAAAAAGGCAUGUCAGUGAAGAGAUUUACAUUACAAACGAAUCAAUAAGGAAUAUAUCCGUUUUAUACAUAAGUUUCACUAUAAUAUACAAUAAUAUGCAAGAAGAA